UUUUCUUUAAAUUGCAAAAAUUAUUAACUAUUAUUAACAAUUGACUAGUGAAUUAAUGAGAAAAUUUUCAAAAUUGACAAACAUUUUUUUAACCCAAGGUGCCAUACAACUUGUUACGAGAGUUUACCUUCUUUCGUGUUUUACAUCAAUCUGGCAAAAUGGUCAAAGCAAAGUGCGCCGAACUUCGUAAGAAGGACAAGAAAGAGUUGAAGAAACUCUUGGAGGAAUUCAAACAUGAAUUAAUGUCCCACAGAGUAGCCAAGGUGACCGGAGGAUCUGCCAGCAAAUUGUCAAAAAUCCGAGUUCUUCGUAAAGCCAUUGCUCGUGUGCAUAUUGUUAUGCAUCAAAAGCAAAAGGAAAAUCUUCGGCUUUUGUAUAAAAAUAAAAAAUACAAGCCUUUGGACUUGAGGCCAAAGAAAACAAGAGCUAUUCGCAGAAAACUCACACCUUUCCAGGCAAAUCUUAAGCCUUUGAAGGCCGUCAGAAAGAUGUCUACGUUCCCUCAAAGAAAAUUUGCUUUGAAAGCGUAAGCCGAUUAAUUAUUAUGAAAGAGAGUAAUUUUUUGUAUAUGUAAUUUCAAAUUCAAUUAAAAAACAAUUUUAAAAAUCCAAA